CUCCAAGGCCGAGUACCUGCGGCGGUACCUGAGCGGGCCUCCCGCCGCCGCCGAGCCCGCCCAGCCCCGCCGCCGCCGCAAGAAGAAGCCGCCGGGAGGCGCCGGUAGAACCGGGAUGCGGAUCGUGGACGACGAUGUGAGCUGGAAUAGCAUCGCUGCCGUCCAGGAGAAGGAGGAGGAGGAGGACGAAGGGGACAUGCCUGUGGUGGCAGAAUUUAUCGAUGAGCGUCCGAAUGAAGUGAAGCUCAUGGAGGAAUUCCGGACGAAUGCGAAAUGGAAACUUUUAGGAGACCAGAAUGAAGACUCACAGAGUUCGGAUGUUUCAGUACCUGCCCAGGCCACCAUGAGGCGACAGCGCCACGACUCCCCGGAGAGCUCGCCCCCAAGGAGGCUGCGGCACGACUCCCCGGACAAAUCACCUCCCAGGAAACAGCGCCAUGAUUCCCCGGACCUGUCCCCUCCCAGGAGAGAGAGAAACACUUCCCCCAACCUCUUGCCUCCCAGGCGACAGCGCCACGACUCUCCAGACCUUUCUCCCCCAAGAAGGAAGCGUCACGACUCCCCGGACCUGUCACCUCCCAGGCGGCAACGUCAUGACUCCCCAGACCUCUCCCCACCAAGAAAAAAGCAUCACGACUCCCCAGAUCUCUCUCCCCCAAGAAGGAAACGUGAUGACUCCCCAGACUUGUCACCUCCCAGGCGACAGCGUCACGACUCUCCAGAUCUCUCUCCCCCAAGAAAGAAGCGUCACGACUCCCCGGACCUCUCUCCCCCAAGAAGGAAACGUCACGACUCCCCAGACUUGUCACCUCCCAGGCGACAGCGUCACGACUCUCCAGAUCUCUCUCCCCCAAGAAAGAAGCGUCACGACUCCCCAGAUCUCUCCCCACCAAGAAGGAAGCGUCACGACUCCCCAGACUUGUCACCUCCCAGGCGACAGCGCCACGACUCUCCAGACCUCUCUCCUCCAAGAAGGAAACGUCAUGACUCCCCAGACCUCUCUCCAAAGAGAUCCAGUUUAGCGAUGGGGAAAAAGGGCAGCAAAACCACCGAGGAGUCCCAGUCAGUGGGAGCCCGGGGAGAGCAAUCUCAGCUCAGGCACGGCGUCUCGGACAAGUCCUCGUCGCGGCAGAAGCGUCAGGUGACCCCAGAUCUGUCCCCUCCGCGGAAGAAGAGGUACGAUUCCGACCCCGACUCGUCACCGCCUCGGAGAAAGAGGACUGGGUCACCGAGUCUGAAAAAGCUGAGCAGAAAAAGUGUUUCUCCGCCCACAAAGAAGCCCCAGAGGGGCCUGAGACAGGACUCUGACUCUCCGUCCCCGCGGCGGGGCACCCGGGACGCCUCCGACACGACUCCCGACCUCUCGCCUCAUCGCCACCGUGACGCCAAGGGGUCUCCCAAGAAGGGAAAUGUGAUGUUAUCUGGGGUCAAAGCCGGCUUGGUGUCAGCUGAUGUGCUGCGGAGGGAACAGCAGGAGCUCAGGAGGCACGAGAGGAACAACAAGCACUUGGAAGAGGAAUCCCGACACUCCGAGACCGUCUUCCGAGACAAGUCGGGCCGCAGGAGGGACCUGGCGCAGGAGCGGCUGGAGCAGAGGCAGAAAGAUGAGGCCAAGUCCGAGAGAGAGGAGCAAUACGCCAAGUGGGGAAAAGGGCUGGCGCAGGGGCGGCAGCAGGAGCAGAACGUGGAGGAUGCCAUCAAGGAGAUGCAGAAGCCACUGGCCCGUUACAUUGAUGAUGAGGAUCUGGACCGGAUGCUGAGAGAGCAAGAGAGAGACGGGGACCCCAUGGCUGACUUCAUCAAGAAAAGGAAGGCCAAGGAGAACAAAGAAAAGAAAGAAAAACCUCGGUACAACGGACCAGCCCCUCCCCUCAACAGAUUCAAUAUAUGGCCCGGGCAUCGCUGGGACGGCGUGGACAGGUCCAACGGGUUCGAGCAGCAGCGCUUCGCCAGGCUGGCCAACAAGAAGGCGGUGCAGGAGCUGGCCUACAAGUGGAGUGUGGAGGACAUGUAGGCCUAGGGGGAGGACCAGGCCCAGCAGUGCUUCCGGAGCGGCGCUGCAGGGCUUCACCCACCGCCGGAGCCGCGAGGAACGGCUCGCUCUGCCUGGACCAACCCUCUCCUCAGCGCCCGGCGUCCCAGGGGACCGUCUUCCGAGAGGCAAGGCUGAAUUUGGAGGAGAGCUGCCCUCAGAGGGUGUCCCUGGCAGCCAGAGGGGCCCAGCGUUGCGGGGGCUGCUGCCUGUGGGAGCCCCUGGGCUCUGCCGCUGCCCCAGAAGGUGCUGCAGGCACCGCCUUCUGGCCCCUUUCCUCCUCUUCUGACAAAAUCACACAAACUGUGUGCUUAGUUGUUUUAUGCCAAAUGCUUUGUCCUCCGAGGGCGGCUCGCAAGUCUUCAGGUGCCCUCAAUCUCAGGGUUUGUUUUUUUCAUGGUAGAAGCGUGCUGGGUGGCUGGAGAGUCGGCCUCGGCCGCUUAGGCUGGCCUAGGGCUCAGCUACAGUCUCCUUGGUUUAAAGUUCUUCCAGAGAGCAGCUACCCCCUAAAACUGAGUCCCGUGGGCUGGUGUCACGUCCUCCCCGUGUCCUUCCCAGUGCCCCCAAAGGGCUUCUGUGGAGUUUGGGUUCGUGGAGCCAGUGAAGCUCAGCUCCUCCUCAGCAAAGCUCCUUGCUCUGCCUCUGUCCUGCCGGGGCCUCAGGGCUGGAUGUGACAGCCAAAGCUCCAGAACCCCCCUCCGCUCCUUGAGGGUCUAUUUCUGGUGGAAAUAAACACGGGGAAGGUGUUUGAAUUCCUUCCCCUGGUCCCCCCGGAGUUCCCCGUGGCCAGUGAUGCUGAGAGCGUGUCCCUCCUGCCGCUGCCAGGGGGGCUGGUCCCAUGCCCAGCAAAACCCCUCUCCUGGAGCAGAUUUGUCAGGCUCAGAGCUGGAGGGUGGGCAGAGGCUUCCCUUAAUCCCUGCUCGAGGAAGGCACUUGUAGAAAUAAGGACAGUCGUUCUGGCUGAAGUGCAGCCCGUGGUUGCUGUGGAGAUGCCCUCCCUUAGUGGUCAGGGGCCAGUCCUCGGGCCCAUGGGGAAUCUGGAGCCCGAGGAGAGCUGUGGGCAGGAGUGGAAGGACAGAGUCUCCUCGGGGAGGGGGAGAGCCUUGGGACUCCCUUCCCUGGGGUAUGUUUCUGGAUCCAUCUGUACACUUGUAAAUAACAGUUUUCUUUUUUUUACUUGAC